AUGGCGCUCUUCCAAUACUCUGAGAGUUUCCUACUGGACAUCAUCUGCUCAACUUGGUCUCAUCUUUUGCAUGUCCAGCGAAACUUCACUCUUUCCUACAAUACCAGCAUCAUCGACGGAUAUCCCGGAUUCCUGGGUCUGACCAUGAUUCCAGCUGGUUUCGGCCUCUCCGAAAGGAGAGAGACCGAGGCCAGACGCUACAGUGCCACCAUGUCAAAAUCGUCCGUGCUUCAGGAACCGAAACAUGAGCUAGCGGCAAUGGAUGACGACCUUAUCGUAACGUCAAUGAGAGCAUCGUACUGUGUACUCCUCACUCUUCGAUCAGUAGCAGCCCUCCAGUUUGUGUAG